UCACAACACUGCAUGGGUAAAGAUAUCAAUCACCACGAUCCAGGAGAGAGAGAGAGACCGGCGUGGAACUGCGUGAGCAGAGGCAGACUCACUCCAAAAAUACCUCUGCACACCGUGACCAUAUACAGGCUGACCGUCGUGCAGCCAGCGUGCUGUGUGGCGGGGGCAGCUGUUUAGCCAAAGCCUUUUUUGUUAAUCGUUAGAAGAAGAAGAAAAACACUCCCAAUGCACCAAUACACUCAAGCAUUGGAGCUGCUUUCAAGAGUCCGGACCCGAAGGCACGCGGCAUGGAGCAGCGCCCAACCCUGUUGCACUUGAACCAGGAGUGCCUGCUGCACCUCUUCUCGUUCCUGGGCCGGGCGGACCGCGCCAGCCUGUCCCGCGCGUGCACGCGCCUGCGCUCCGUGUACGAGGACCCCGCCCUGUGGACAGACCUGCGCUUUGGCUCCCUGGUGGAGCUCAACCGUGGGGACUACCGGCUGGGGGCUGCACUUCGCCGGCUGGACGUGUGCUGGUAUUCGAGCCGCGUGAAGGUGUGCAACGUUGAGCCAUGGAGACAGACAGAGCUGCAGAGAGCCAUGUGCUGCCAGCAUGAGGGGGUGGUGGGAGACUUCUUGCUGCAAGUCAGCCUGAGGUGCCCAAACCUGGAGCGGCUGUCCCUGGCGGGGUGCGCCCACGUGACGGACGAGCAGCUCGGCUCGCUGCUGCGCCGCUGCCCCCGACUGCGCUCGCUGUCCCUGCACAACUGCCGCUCGCUCACGGACGCCGCUCUCGAAGAGGCCGGGCGGCUCGCCCCGGGGCUGACCCACGUGCGCGCCGACUGGUGCCGCAACGUCACCCCGGCAGGCCUGGCGCACAUCCGUGCCGUCUGCCCGGCCCUGCAGGUGCUGAGCGGAGACCGCGUGGGAGCACUCGUGCCCGACGAACCUCCUCCUCGGCCACCGUCACCCGGCAGACCCAAGGCUCGGUGCUCCCAAUGGGGGCACGGGGGACACCUGGGACAACGGCUCACGGAGCACAACGCCCCGCACGGCGGAGAGGGCUUCAGAUAACGAGACGAUGCUUGGGUGGCAGACAGAUCCUCCACGUGAGCGCCGGACCAACGGCCAGAAGGCGCAUGGUGUCAGGGGAUCUGUUGGCCAAUUGACCGGGAUUCAAAGAGAGCUCCGAAUUCAGUUACGCUGGUUUGAUCACCCACUGCCCUGAGCAGAGCCGAAGCUCCGCUUGGAUAUUCAUCAUCAGCAUUUAUUACUAUGAUUUAUCCCGCGCCUCCCAUGCAAUAUGUCUCGAGGUGCCAGGUAGUCACAGGAGACGUGAUGCGAAGGCCGAUCCACUGUCCCGCAGGUGAAGGGAGACGUGUCUGUGCCCUGCCGAUCAGUGGGACUUGUUGAAGCAGGGCUGAUUAUGAAGUACUGUACGCAGUCUGGGACUAUAAAUAACUCUGAACGUUGUACUCAAUAGUUGACAAUUGGACAGAAGGGGGAGGUGGGCCCCACUCCUUAAAAGGCCUCCAAUGCUGUGCCUAUCUGGCUCCAUAUCUCUUGGCGUCUAUUUCUCCGUGCCCGAAACUGUCUCUUUCCACGUCUCAAGUGUCUCGCUCAAUAUCUGUCUUCAUGACACUGUCGCUGCGACCUUUCUUCCCUGAACCUUGCAGAGUUUGCUCAAGGAUGCAAUUGCAUUGCCCUGCCAGGUGACACAAUCAAACCUGUGUGAUCUUCCAGAAGCAAUCCCUGACAUGGUGUGCGAUGGUGUGCGAGACUUUAAGAGAUCGGUGAGGAUAUUUGUACUUAUGCUGACAACUUCUAUAACAGAACUGGGAUAUAAUCGGUGAUAUAAAAAAAAACUGAUUAUACAGAUUGCAACAGUUGCGGUAGACAAGCAUAGAUCAAAUAAAAAUAACCAAACCACUGUCGUGUAUUACUGCCUGUAACAGAACAACACCUAAGACCAUAAACAUUCAGUAGUUGCCUGUUUCUGCGUGCUCUGAAAGAUGGCUUUUACCAAACAUGUUACCCCACACCUUCAAUUAGCAUGGCUGGCUAUGUACGGUGCGAAAGAAGUCCAACAUACAUACUCCAUAUUUUCUGUUUAACACAUUCCUGCGGAGGGAGCUGGUAGGAACGUUGGGUUGCUCGGUCAAUGGCCAGGGUCAACGGCGGCGUGGUGUAUUCCGCAAAUAUGCCCGACUGUGAGGGCGGGCACAAGCUGGCGUGAGUAGGUUAAACGUUGAGUUUUAUAAGGGCACCACGGGGUGACCAGCCCCUCCCCACCCAGCCCCUCCCUCCCCUCCCCACCCAGCCCCACCCUCCCCACCCAGCCCCUCCCUGCACUGACGGACGGACACAAUAAUCCCCUGUGGGCUGGUGUAACCAGAUGGUUCCUACCAGUAUAAGGCAGACUUAACGUCAGUAGCGAUGUUAAGUUACGACGUGGAUGUUGGAAAUCUGUCCAUAUUGAGAACUACAUUCCAUUUUUUAUUAUUAUAAACAUACAAAUGAAAUAAAUUGAUGAAAAACUAAAAUUGGAACAUGUGUAAUUAAUUUAAGGUAAAACCCGCGUUGUUUUUUUGCACUACACUUUACACCUACACAUAGAGCACACCCACACACGAUCCAAACCUGUGCAUGCAAUUAUCUUGCAUUGCUCUGUAAACAAUAUAGUGUGCACAUAUUUUUAUGAAUUCCCUAAGUAAUCUCGUGGGCACAUCCAGUUAUAAAUUGUUAACAUCGAUUUUUUUUAUUACACAUUAAAAGUUGGUAAAAAAAUAUAUAUUUCGCUGCCCCGAAAUAUUUGUUUACAACACCCACUCACAAACACACUUCCAUAAAGCAUGAAUACAACACGUACCAGAAAACCAUUCACUUCAAAAAAUAAUUUUAUUAAAAAAUAAAAUAUAGCAAUACAAAAUAU